UCGUAGCCGUCGUCGCCGCGUUUUAGCGGUGAGCCAGGCUUCUCCUCCUCACUGCCUCAGUCUUCACUCGCCGGCCGUUGGCAGGGGAUCCCGCAUUGAUCGCGCUCCCGCUGCUGUAGAUCUCCCGUGUAUCGUAUACACCUCGCGCAUUCGCCGUUCCCGUAGGGAACAUGUUGGCCCGACGUGAGCAUCGCGGGGCCCCCCGGGUCCGCGCGAUCGCGCUCUCUUGAGACCCGUGACGUCAGCCCGACGGUCUGUCUCACCACGUUCCACCCUUCCUUAUCCUCCCUCUUCUCUCCCGGUUCCUUAAUCCUCGAUAAGAUCGCACACUCGCGGAUGGUAUCGUGUCGGGAGUGCGUAACCGGGGGGCUGUUCUUACGAAUGUAAUAUUUCACGGGUCCCUUCCGUUCUCGAACGUGUAGAUCAAGAACUAGGACGCUUGGAGCACUGUCGUUGGAUUUCUAGGAUCGGACCGGACUUCUCGGUUUCUGGAUAUGUAGAUGCAAGCGCCGACCACAGGACCGUGCCACGUAAGACCGUGCGACGUAAGCACUAUCGACGUGAACUCCAACAACCACCAUCAUCAUCACCAUCAUCACUGCGGACACAAUCAGCACGACCAUCGGCCUGAAGACCGAAUUCCAUCGUCCUCCUCGAUGUCUACCUUGCUAUGCUGCGAGCCAGUAUCGGCUGGCCGGCCUCGGACCAACUUAAAGCUCGUGCUGACCCGCAGCCUGAGCGAGCCAGGACCGAGUCCCUGCGCCUUCCCAGCACCGACGACCGCUUCAUCGAUCAUUAAUAACAACAACAGUAACAACAAUCCCACCGAACCGCCUUCGAUCGUGAUCAACGAGGAGGUGAACGGCGACGAAGACGACGACGUCCACCGUCGUGGCUUCCAUCAUCUCCAUUACCAUCACCAUCAUCAUCACCACCAUUUUCACCAUCAUCAGCACCUAUCGGUGACUACGAAGCGCUGCAAACUGGAGACUGCCAGCCUGCCUACCAGCCCCUGCUCCGAAAACGGCCUUCAUCGCCAACUAGUGCUAAACAAGACCCGCGUCAUCACUGCAGGCGACCUUGCCCAACGUCUUGUGCAUCUUGAGCGAUCCUCCGCCGUUCCGCCAGUGAUUCUGGAUUGCAGACCGUUUACAUUAUACAAUGUCAAUCACGUACGCGGUGCCAUCAACGUCACCUGUUCGGAUCGCUUCAACCGACGCAGACUUCAGCUGGGGAAGGCCACCCUCGCCGAUCUCGCAUCCGCUCGCGAGGGCAAAGAGCUUCUCAGGAAAAGACAGUUCAAGGAAGUCAUAGUGUACGACGAAAGUACCGACGACCUGGAGCAUCUGACCGCUCAGAAUCCACUAUUCCUGGUACUUGCUGCACUCGUGGACGAUGAUCGGGAGCCGGCUGUGCUGAUCGGUGGACACCGGGAGUUCCACAGGCGGCACCGAGAGCUAUGCGAGGAUACGCUUCUGCCAAACGGCGCCGCCGCCGCUGCUGCUGCUGCCGCCGUCGCUGCAGAUCCGUCGACGACGACGGUGAGCGGCUGCACGAGUCCUGGACCAGGUUGUCCCGUGCUGAGCAUCUCCGGCCCGCCGACUCCGCAGCCGGCCGACAUCGACAGCCACCCGGCGUCCCGCGUGCUGCCAUUUCUAUACCUCGGUAACGGCAGAGAUGCCGCCGAUCUGCAGCUACUUCGCGCCCUCGGCGCCACCCGGGUGCUGAACGUCACCUCACAGUUGCCCGGCUACCACGAGGAGCGGGGUAUCACGUACAGGCAGAUACCCGCCUCGGACUCCGGCCAUCAGAACCUCAAGCAGUACUUCGAGGAAGCGUUCGAAUUCAUCGAGGAAGCGCGGAAAGCCGGAAGCAGCGUAUUGGUGCAUUGUCAAGCUGGUGUGUCGCGCAGCGCAACAAUUGCGAUUGCUUACAUAAUGCGACACAAAGGCCUGUCGAUGGUGGAGGCGUACAAACUGGUGAAGAACGCGCGUCCGAUCAUCAGCCCGAACCUGAACUUCAUGGGUCAGCUGUUGGAGCUCGAGCAGGGUCUGCGGGCGUCCGGUGACGUCGCCAACUCUGCGCCAGAGGAACCCACGACGACGACGGCAACGUCAACGACGACGACGACGUCGACAACGGCGACGACGACGACGAGUAGUUGUCACCAGUGCAGGUGGAGUCAUCAGCCUAACAGCGAGGAGGUGGUCACCUCUGGCUGCAGUGUCUGAGACCACGCUUUUCUCUCGUAUCUUCUUCUUCUGGUCUCUCUUGAGAGUACCGGAUCAUGUCGGCGACGGCGUCGGUGCGUCGCGAAGACGCAAACAUAUCCCGAGAGAGCGAAUGUCGAUGUCCUUCCUGCGUUUCUUCGCGACAAACCUGGACGAUGAGCGAAUGUAAUUCGCGGAAUCGCCGAUCGCCUGAAGAUACUGGAUUCAACUAUAGGAAGAUUCUGCAAAUAUGAACAAUGAUGCCCUCGGUAUCUUCUCUUGAUAUCCCGAAACGCGGAAUUUUCAGUUUUCCCAAUCUUCACGUCGCACAAUAUUUGAGUUGUCACGUUUUUCAACUCAGGCUCUUUAGCCUAGAAAUUAUUGGCUCUUAAAUUUUUUUUUAGAAUUAAUACAUUUUCUUCGAAUUCCGUGUCUUCGGGACGACCAUUCAACUAAAAAUGGUGAAGUCAAACUGCCGAACUGACAAAUCGCGACUUAUUAAGGGACUUGAAGGGAUACAAAUGUGUGAAGAAGACACAUCGUAUUUUUAUAAAAAUUUUGAUUUCUCUCUAUGGAUGAUUAAAUUAUUAUUUCCUAUUAGUGCCAAUGUAAAUUAGUCCGUAUCCUCCAUAUGUAAGAAUAAAUCAGUUUGUAAACGUUACAAAUGCGAUGUACCUUCUUCAUACAUACAUCUAAGAAAAAAAGAUAGUUACGGGUUAGAUUCUCUACUGCGGAGAAACAAAAUAUAUGGCAGGGAGCGUAUUUCUCAUAAAAAGAAUUUAACCACGCUCGCUUCCAGCUUCGAUAACGAGUAACAGCGCGUCGCGAUUAUUUAUUUUCGAACGACGUUCGCGCGAACAGUGAACAUAACUUGUACUUACGACACACAGUGUUCCAUAAUACGCCUGGUCGAGUCAAUAGGGAGGCAAGUAAAACGUACAGAAUGCUCGCCUACGAUCUUCUCAUUAAACGAUUGACUAUCGUCUAGCAUUGUUUAUGCAAGAAAAUACGAGGAAGGAAGAUAUGAAAUCGACGGAAGUGACUGUUCCAAUGAUUAAUUAUAGGCAGCUUAUAUAACAUUGAAAGAAACUCAGGACAAAACGUUGAAAAAUUGUUUCUGAUGUUGAUCAAUUUCUAUUAGAAAAAUAUAUUAUACAUAAUUAUUCAUGAAUAGUAGCACUGCUCUCUCACGAAAUAUUUAAACUUCGAAGGUGUUUCGAAAUCUUUAACCUUCGUAUAUGAAUAUGAAGAGACAGAGUAUAUAUAAUAAGCCAGCGUAGCGUGCACAGAAAGCAAAUGAAUCAAAAUUAGUAAAACCAAUAUUCUUUAAUCUUCCUACUAGGCGUAAUACUUUUUCAAUUUUCAACUAGUAAAACGCGCGCUUGCCUCUCAAUUGACUCCUGUAAAUCAGGCAUGAAUUUUUAAUAGAAGAAUUAUUUUCCGUAUGGAGAAGAGAUAAAAUCGUCGACAUGUAUGGGGUGUCACGAGGACAAUAUCGCGAGAUUCUAGUCUCUCGACUAAUAAUAAUGCUUUUGCAGUGAUAGAGUCUCAUCUCAGGUAAUUCUAUUUCCGGUAUAAUGUACUUUCUGUUAAGUCACGUUAAUGAGAACGGUAACAAUUCAAUUAAUUUUCAAUGCCGGAUCGAUGAACAUGGAAUUAAUAAACGUUAAACGUGAUAGAUACAUGUUCGAAGGAAUUUGGUUUAGAGACCUAUUCCGAUGCAAAAAUAAUAUUCCA